GUAAACUUCAUUUACUAAGUGCGUUUACAAAGUUUCAUUAUCCUAGGAAAAAAUGGAGAAACUGGUUAAAUUUGAUAUUUUGUGCCCUAAUUCUAUGGUUGGUCUGUUGAAGGGCAAAAAUCAGACCAAUAUUAAUAGAAUAAGGAGAGAAACAACUGCUGUUGUUUACACAACCGAAUCUGCAAGAUAUACAACUGUAACUGUGUCUUCUCUUGAGAAGCAGCUUGAUGAUGGAUCACCAGCAAUUGAUGCUGCCCUGGCAAUUCUAAGAUACUGCCUUGAAACCAUCAACUAUGAACGUUUUAAGCUGACUUUGCUUGUUGAAGGAAAAUAUCGGAAUGACUUGGGAGAGGAUUUUUUUGGUCAAUGGAAUCAGCAAACACUAACGGUAAUCACGCUCAAUGAUCUAAACGGAGACACAAUUGUGGAGUUUUUUGGAGGAAACCAUGGGAUAAGGAAUGCUUUGUUGCUGUUCAUGAGGAAUCUGAGGAACAAGUUUUUCGAUUGAAGAGAAGAAGAGUAUGAGAGUACAACAUGACACAUAUAUGGUCUGCUUUUGGUGAAUGAACACACGUUUUGUUU